AUGUACCCCCACAGGCUGCUGCCGCCACUGCUACUGUUAACUCUGUUGCUUGCUGCCCAUCCAAGAGGCGCUCUGGCACGGUGCCCAGGCUGCGGGCAGGGGGCGCAGGCGGGCUGUCCAGGGGCGUGCGUGGAGGAGGAGGAAGGGGGGCUGCCAGCGGAGGAGGGCUGUGCGAAAGCUGGGGGCUGCUUCCGAAGAGAGGGGGAGCAGUGUGGGGUCUACACCCCGAUGUGCGCCCUAGGACUGAAAUGCCAGCCGCCCGAGAAUCACAAGGAACCUUUGCAGUCGCUGCUGCUGGGCCGUGGCAGCUGCCGCCGGGUGCGUGCGCCCUCGGGUGAGUGGACAAAUCCUAAGGAGAAUAAACACCAAGCGGAGGCCACCCGUCCACAGGAUGUGAACCACAGAGACCAAGAGAGGAAUUCGGGAACCUCUCCCACUCCAGCUCAACCCAGUCCUGGGGGUGUCCAAGACACAGAGAUGGGCCCAUGCCGCAGACAUCUGGAUUCAGUGCUGCAGCAACUCCAGACUGAGGUCUUCCGUGGGGCUCUCACCCUCUAUGUGCCUAAUUGUGACCAUCGAGGCUUCUACCGGAAGAGGCAGUGUCGCUCCUCUCAGGGCCAGCGCCGAGGCCCCUGCUGGUGUGUGGAUCGGAUGGGCCAGCCCCUACCAAAACCACAGGAUAGCAAUGGAAGUGCCCCCUGUCCCAGUGGGAGCAGCGGCUGA